AUGUAUUUUUAUUUUUUAUGUAUUCUUCUUUAUGUAAUAUUUUUUAUUUAUAUAAAUAGUAUCAACUGCUUAACUAAAAUUAACAAGGAUACAAGUUACAUAAGUUUUACAUUUCGAAAAAAAAAGAUAGCAAAGGUUUUUCGUCCUUUAUGUUCUAAUAAUUUAUCAAAAAAUAAUUUAGAGGAAAUUAAAAAAAAAUUAGAAGAUAUAGGAAUAUUUCAAAAGGAUAUUGAAGAAGUUUUUGUUAAAGGUUCAGGAAAAGGUGGACAAAAAGUAAAUAAAACAAAUAAUUGUGUUAUGAUAAAGUAUAAUGAUAAUUUACAUAAAAUAAUUAUAAAAUGCCACAAAUAUAGGUAUGAUAAAAAAUGUUUACAAAAAAAUAGAAUUUAUGCACGAAAACUAUUAUACAAUAGAAUUUUCUCAAUUAAAGACAAAAUUGAAAAGGAAAUUUCUUAUCAAAUUGAAAAAGAAAAAAGAAAAACUUUGAAGCUAACUGAAAAGGAAAAGAACGCAUCAAUUAAUUAUAAAAAAAGGAAAUCGGCAAUAAAAAAAGAUAGACAAAAAAACUUUAAAUAUGAUGAUAUUAUCUGA